GCCCUGGGCUUGCUAUGCUGCUUGUUUUUUCCUUCAAAAUUGCUUUUAAUCCAGAUAAGCAUCAAGAACCAUCCUGCAGCACUGCUCUGAAGUGGUAAUUAGGAGGUAGGAGGGAUUAAUGGCUGCAGGAGGUGGUGGCAGAAGCCCUGGCAGCGUGGGCACAGAGCAAUUCGUCCUGCGAUGAGUCAGUGGGAGGCGCAGUGAUUCUGCAUUGUGCCACAUUCAAGUGGCACGGCAGUGAGGAGCAGGCAGCGUUCCUUUAGCUCCCAACCCUUUAAAUCCAUACCCAGCCUGGACCUGCAACUGCAGCAUUGUCAUCAAUUAGGAGGAAAUUCUGCCGUGCCAGCCUCGGAAGGCUGUAAUCAGCCAGGAGAUGAGGGAAAAGGAAACUGCACCGUGCAUUGAGACCUCUGCCUUUUCUGAGCUGGCACAGGAAAAGUCCUUCAUUUCUUUGACAGCUGAGCUGAGGAAACAAACCACCACCUCCCUCAUAUUCCUAAACAGUUGGUGAAGUGGAAGUGGAUCAGCUCUGAUAUAAAACAGCCUUACAGCUGAAGCUUGAAAAAUGGUGUUUGAUGUUUUGAGAAACAAGCUGGGACAUCGGUGUCACUACUCUGAGUGCCUUUAUCCGCUGGUGAGGGCAAGCCUGUGCUGUCUGCACCGCCACCCAACGCAUCAGCAAGGACUGGACCUGGCCAGAGGAGAUCCUGCUUGGGAAAUCAGGUUUUAUAGUGUCGCUAUGUUGGAGCAGAUCCAUCUGCUGGCUGCCGUGACGGUUCUUGGGGUCCUGGAGCAAGCCUACUUCUUCCUCCAGGUGAUCCAUGCAAGGCGCACGUUUGGCGUUUCUCCUCCCAACAUCUCAGGCCCACCUGAAUUUGAGCGGAUCUUUCGAGCACAGGUGAACUCCUCAGAGUAUUUUCCCAUUUUCGUGGCACUCCUGUGGCAGGCUGGACUCUUUUUCCACCAAGGUCUGGCUGCAGCCCUGGGCCUGCUCUAUCUUUACUCCCGCUAUUGCUACUUUACGGGAUACAGAGCAUCAUCCUCAGACAGGCUCACCCCCAUCUACUUCAGCACCGGCGUUCUCUGGGUGCUCGUCGCAGCAGCGACCCUGGGCCUCCUGCAUUUCUUUCUCUCUCACUAUGUGGGUCUGAAUGUCCUCCGGCUGCUUGCAGCAUGAUGCUCCUGGCCAUCACUGGCAUCACCACUUCGUAUCUGCCCCCAGCUACAAGCCCACCUCACUGUGCUUCCAACACCUGUGGAGCUGGCAGAGCCACAAAGGCCUUUCUGAAGGUUGUUUGUGCCCAGCACUCCAUGCCUAGCUGCUCUGUAUGACUGAUGGCCAAAGCAAGGAGAAUUUUUGGAAAACAGAAGUAAGCUCUUCUCAGCCCCCGCAUCCAGCCCAGGCACCGUGGGGUCAGCACAGCCUCCCAUGGUGCACAGCCAGGAAGAGAAUUUCUGAGGAAGCAUCCACAGGCUGGGGCAGGGCAGAGACAAGGGGCGACCCAGAUCAGGUCCCUGCACACUGCUGGCUGUGCUGCAGCAGUGCUGCUGCACACAACAUGCACAGGAGCUGCUGCCAAUAAAAGGACACUGAGCUUGCUGAGCUAUGCAUGUCCUCAUGGGUCUGCAUCUGGCACAGGGCAAAACCUCUCUUUUGGGGUGCAGGGCUGUUUGGUUUCCCUGCAGGGAUGAAGACAGUAGUGGUGCAAAGCUGGUUAUCAGCAGUGCAGAGCUCUUCAGGUGGGCUCAGCCCCUGUGACAACAGGGCUGGAAACGCUGGUUCUGUAGGCUGGCAGUACACAGCUCAGGGAAUAGCAGAGGUGCUCUGUUGCCCUCGGCACCAGGAACCUCUCACCAAAUUCAGCGAGAACAGCUGCAUCAGCGUGCUGCUGGAUUAACAGGAUUGUAAGCCUUGUCAUGCUCCCUCCUUUCCCAGUGACAGGCAUAUCUUACAUUGGAAGAACACAAAGCACUUUUUGGGGAAGUUAUGAACUUUGCAAAUUGCUUAACUUCCUUCCCUGUGGUUUAAUUGCUUUGUCCAGCAGAGCCCCGGUCUGUUUCCCUUUCAGGCUCUUGGAUUUGUGCAAACAAUUCAAUUCCAAACCAAACUAACAGCACUCAUCUGUGCAAAGUUUCCAGCACAGCUCCAACCUUACGGGAACCCCCUGGAUGUGAAAUCCCCCCUCAAGCCCGGGCAGGUCUUGCAGCCGGAGGAGAGCUGCUCCCCUCUCCCAGGGAUGCCGCCAUCGCUCUGCUCCUCCUGCACCA